AUGUCUGCUACUUGGAGCUUUUUAGGUGCUCAAGAUGAUGGAUGGUAUCCGGAGGAUGAAGAAAAUUGGGACAAAGCGGUUGAUAUUUUGGUGGAGAACGUAGAGGCUGGGAAAUACUACCUUAAGCUUCGUUGGGGAAAUAUAGCGUUGAGAAUGGUUGUCAAUAUGGGCCUGGCUACAAAAUAG